CCUAAAAAUGUCGUGUGCCUCUGUUUCUCACGCGCAGGGUUUCACGAAGAUUUGACAGCUAGGGUUUCUUUUCAUUCGCUGACCCAUGGCUCCAGCUAAAGUUGAUAGUUCAAAGAAGACUGAUCCAAAGGCGCAGGCCUUGAAAACUGCUAAGGCAGUCAAGUCAGGCGCUACCUUUAAGAAGAAGGCCAAAAAGAUCCGAACAUCUGUUACAUUCCACCGGCCAAGGACUUUGAAAAAGGAUAGGAACCCUAAAUAUCCCCGAAUCAGUGCUCCACCAAGGAAUAAGCUUGAUCACUAUCAGAUUCUGAAAUAUCCCUUGACAACUGAGUCUGCAAUGAAGAAGAUUGAAGACAACAACACUUUGGUUUUCAUUGUUGACUUACGAGCUGACAAGAAGAAGAUCAAGGAUGCAGUAAAAAAAAUGUAUGACAUCCAGGCCAAGAAAGUAAACACCUUGAUCAGGCCUGAUGGCACCAAGAAGGCCUAUGUCAGGUUGACACCUGAUUAUGAUGCCUUGGAUGUAGCAAACAAGAUUGGGAUUAUCUAAGUAAGUUAAUUCCGGGCUUCACCGAAGUUGGUUUUUAUUUAGAUGUUAGUCUGUUUUAUGGUGAUUAUUGAUGGAGAUUUUUGAAGCAACGUUAAGUUCUAAAUUUUGCAGUUUAUUAUUUGGUGUAUUUUAGCUUAAUCGGAAUUAAGUUUACUUUUGUUACAAUUUCCAAUUUGAUGAGUAAAGAAGCAGCACGUUAUUAUUGUCCAAUUUUAGUUUAG